CCCCCCCCGUUCCCACCCACCACCUCCGCUAGCCCAGCCUUCUCCUUCCCGCUGUGGCGACUAGUCUCUGCUGGCCCUGCCCACGUUUCCCUCUUUCCCUCCCUCCCCCCCCCGCGGUCAUGUGUUGCCUUUUUUUUGUUGUUUGCAGUGGAAACAAUUUCGCCUUCUUCUAGCACCUCCGACCCGAACCGCUACUCACUCAGGCGGGGGAGAGGAAAAGAAGGGGAGACGGCUGGAGCGUGAGGCGAAGCAAGGGGGGCGAAACUGCAGCAGGGUCCCAUGCUCGCCUCGGAUUUCCUUUUCGGCUCCGGGCUCCCCUCGCGUCCCUCGCUCUUUCCCUUCGGCCACAUUGUUGGCUUCAGGCUGGGGGAGGAAGCAAUGCCUUGUUCAAUCGGAUGAAAAGUUUGCAUAAUGAUCACGGGAAAGGCAGCAGGGAAAAUCUAGAACUCGCCCAAGACAGGAGCUUCAGACUAAAUGGGUCCAGUUAUGCCUCCCAGUAAGAAGCCAGAGGGCUCGGGAAUUACCAUUUCCAGUGGACUGAGCCAGUGUUACACAGAUGGUGACCUAUCAAAGACUCUACAGGAUGAGGAGGACUUAGACUUUUCUUUACCUACCCUUCGAUUGGAAAAAGGUCCUAUAGAAGAUGAAGAACUUACCAAUUUGAACUGGUUACAUGAGAGUAAGAAUUUGCUGAAAAGUUUUGGGGACUCAGUCUUAAGAAGUGUUAGCCCAGUUCAAGACCUCGAUGAUGAUACCCCUCCAUCUCCUGCUCAUGCUGACAUGCCCUACGAUGCCAAGCAGAACCCUAACUGUAAACCACCCUAUUCAUUUAGCUGCCUCAUAUUUAUGGCCAUUGAGGACUCUCCAAACAAGCGGCUUCCUGUGAAGGAUAUAUACAACUGGAUUUUGGAACACUUUCCUUAUUUUGCAAAUGCUCCUACUGGAUGGAAAAACUCUGUGAGGCAUAAUCUGUCACUGAAUAAAUGUUUUAAGAAAGUGGACAAAGACAGAAGUCAGAGUAUUGGGAAGGGGUCUUUGUGGUGUAUAGACCCAGAAUAUAGACAAAAUCUUAUCCAGGCUUUGAAAAAGACACCCUAUCACCCAUAUUCCCAUGUGUUCAGCACACCUCCAGCAUCUCCUCAGGCAUAUCAAAGCACAUCGAGUCCACCCAUUUGGCCAGGAAACACCUUUAUCAAGAGAAAUGGAGCUCUUCUGCAAGAUCCUGACAUUGAUGCUGCCACUGCCAUGAUGCUUUUGAAUACUCCCCCUGAGAUACAAGCAGGUUUUCCACCUGGAGUGAUACAAAAUGGAGCUCGCAUUCUGAGUAGAGGAAUUUUCCCAGGAGUUAGACCACUGCCAAUAAACCCUAUUGGAAAUAUGGCUGCAGCAGUAAGGAAUGGAAUAGCAAAUUGCCGAAUGAGAACAGAUAGCGAGCAGUCGUGUGGUUCUCCAUUGGUGAGUGGUGACCCAAAGGAGGAUCAUAACUAUAGCAGUGCCAAAUCUUCCAACCAUAGGAGCACAUCACCCACUAGUGAUUCUGUUUCCUCUUCUUCUGCUGAUGAUCAUUACGAAUUUGUCACAAAAGGCAACCGGGACAGUAGUGAGGGCAGCGAGGUCAACUUCCAUAGCCACGAGAGCCAUAGUGAGGCAGAGGAUGAGAGCAAACGGCAAAACCGAAGAGAGACCAAGGAUUCUGUAGCUGAUGGUGGAUUCACCUCUCAGCACAAGAAACGUCAGCAUUUAUUGAAGGCAAAAAAAGUACCAAGUGACACACUGCCUCUUAAAAAGAGACGCACAGAGAAGCCACCAGAGAGUGAUGAUGAAGAGAUGAAAGAAGCUGCUGGAUCGCUCCUGCAUUUGGCAGGAAUUCGAUCUUGUUUGAACAACAUCACCAAUCGGACGGCAAAGGGGCAGAAAGAGCAAAAGGACAUGACAAAAAAUGAGAACAAAUCCAUUGACUGAACUUAUAAAACAAUUUUGUUUCAGCACGUCAGGUGAAUUCUAAUGAUUUGUGGCAAUAUCAGAAAAUAUUUUCUUCAGUUUUUUCUUCCCCCUUUUUUUCUUUUUUUCUUUUUCUUUUUCUUUUUUUCCCCUUUUUUGAACCCAAAAUAUUUGUGUGUUUUUUUUAAAGGAGAUUGAAGCCAUAGAACUCAUACUGAUACUCAUCUAAUUUUACAAAAGCUUUUCAUUACAUGAAGACAAAAAAAGUAAAAGCCAAAAUUGCCAUUGCUUUCUGCAGUUUUGUCAGAAAUGCAUGGUUGAAUACGCUGUGAUACCACCAGUUAAUGUGAGAGGAAUAAAAUUUGGCACUUGAAAGUACAUUAUAUAGUGAAAAAUUGAAUAAUAUGGUAGAUUCAGGCCAGGCUCUUAGUAAAAUAAUUUAAAAGCCUUAUAAUUAAACGAGAGAGAGAGAGAGAGAGAGUGUGUGUGUGUGUGUGUGUGUGUGUGUACGUAUGUACGUAUGUAUAAACCAGAAAUUUGAGGGAAGUCAGAGGCCCAUCUUCAGAAUCAAGAAUAAGACAGUGGCAUUUGCUUGCAUUUGUGCCAUAGAAAUCUUGGAAUACCCACUAAAGACAGCUGCUCAUACAGUAAUGAAUUACUUAAGCUUCAUGUACUGUAUAUGGCUCAUAAUGUGAAGACUUAAUACUUUUUAAAUUAUGGAAACUGAACUGUGUAUGCAAUGAGUUUCAAUAAUAUAAGGAGAAAAGGGUGGAGGGGGUUGGGGGGAUUAGUGAUAUUCUUUAAUCAAUUAAUUGUCUUCUAUAUUUAAAUUAAAAGAAUGUUUUUUAAAAAGCCAUAAGCCUGAAGAUUGGCACUGCCUGCAAAAAUAUUAUGGGAAAACAAGCUAUGAGUUCUUAACUGCCUGAGUGAAAAGCAAUCAAAUCUUAAAAUAAAAAUAAAAAUUAUGAGUAGAUAUUUAAAGAGGAUCAAAAUGAGGAAAUCUUUUUGAUAGGAUAAAAAAAUGGAUCUCAUGAGAAAAGCAAAAUACAUAUGCUACAAAACCUGCCAUUAGUAUUAUAUUACAUAAAAAAACAAAUAUAUUUGGUUGGACAAUAAAUCCUAAUCUUAACUAGAACUCUGUACAGUACUCCUCAAAAUGCUGUACCUGUUAAAUAGCCAGGAUACAUUUGUGCAAAAAUAACAAUAUAUUUCCAGUUAUAACCACUGUAGCCAGCAGAAGAUUCUGAUUCAAAUUGCAUGGAUACCUUUCUGGGAGGGGCUCAGGAGUACAAAAUAAAACCCCCCUUUUUAAUUCAAAGAUAACAAAAGUUCUUGUAAGGUAAAUAAUGUAUUUAGCAUGAAGCAUGAAUUAUUUUCAUAUAAAUAGAGAAAAAUAGAGAAAAGGCUAUGCCUCUAAUUUUUAAGCCAAUAGGCUUAGUUUUGGUUUUUGGUUUUUGAUUUUUGGUUUGGUUUUGUUUUUGUUUUUAUUUUGUUUGGGAAGCAGGUGUUUUAAGGUUUAACCUUUUUCAGGGACAAAUACUGACUGUUGGGGAACUUAUUCUGCAAUAUUAAAAAAUAAAACUUCAUGCUCGGGUAGGGCUUGGAUGGUUGAAUUAUAUUGCCUUGUCUGCACAUUCAGCCCCCUUCCCCUACUUCUCUGUUUUUGAACAUGUUUGUCCUUUCUUUGUCUAUACAUGUAUUAACAUUACGCAAUAAUUUUGAGGGCACAGCAAGUAGUGAGUGUGUAUGAUUAAGACUCCAGGAAAAGACUCUGAACUUACUGUAUGGAUGGGAGAGAGGAAACAAUGGACAAUUUGGAUUCCGUGAGAUUGUAAUCAAUGAGAUACAUUGAUCUCUCAAGAAGGAAUGAGUUUUGAAAUGACUUUCAUUUGUGUUCAUGAUUUGACUGGAGAUACAUGAUAGAGAAACAACUUGAUUGUGGCCAUACCUGUUUUGCAGUGGUAGUCCCAUAAAUGGACUGUAGAGUUUUUAAUAAGGCCAACAUCCCACACCACCACCCAGGAAAUACUAGUAUAGACAGCCAUAAUCUUCAAAUGACUUAUAAGGCUUGUAGAUUGUGUUCCAAAGGACUUCUGCAUGAUUUUUUCAAGCACCAUGUUUCUACUGCAGUUUAUAAAACAUCCCUAAAAAAUGGGGGAGCUGCAGACAUGAAAAUACUAGGAAGCCCUCCCAAGAAUAGCAUUAGGUAAGGCAGCUCUUUUAGCUGCUUCAUUUAAAUAAAUAUAGCUUUAUAGUAAUGGAAGUAGUGAUGCUACUGAUGAGGUCCUAAGGUUUAGAGGUUAAGGUGGAUUGGGAGUGGUCAGUGGCAAGAAAUUGAAAAAGAAUUGGAAAUAUCCUUUAGCCAUCAUUGAAUUAUAUUCUAGGAAGUAUAUAUGGUAUCCAUUAAAAACUCGUACCAACAGAUCUUUAAAAUAAACUGUGCCAAAUCAAGCUUGAGCUAACAAAGGUUUGAGAGCAAGUUCAAACUCUGCAUUGCCUUCAACACACAUUUUUUGUGAAUUCAAAAAUCAGAAUUCUGUGGUCUGCCCCCUUCCAGAAAGAAUUGAUAAUAUUUGCCUAAAAAGCAACAAUAAUUUUAAGAGUUAGUGAAAAAAAACCAUGUUAGUGAAUUAAGAGUUUUCUCUUCAUAGAAGAGUGCCAUAUGCAUCUUGAGAUUGCCAUGGAGUUCUGAUGAAAUGUAAAAUAUAUGGUUGCUAUUUAUUCGAAUGAAAUAAUUGUUUCACAGUGAAGCUGUUUAAGUUGUAAACUGGAAGGGUUCUGAAUUUUAAUUUUUAUUGCUUAGGCCAAAGUUCUGACAUUUAGAAAGUACCAUAACAAAGAGAGAACUGAGGGAAUAUAUUAUAAUGUUGAAGUUAUAUGAUGCCCCACAGUUCCUUCCCCACCCCAACUGGAGAAUAGAAUGGCAUUCUAGAAACUGUAUCAUUUUCUACUGAGUCAGCUCUUGAUUAAGAGAAUCUUUGCUAAAUUUCUGAUAUUUGCCAAUAUGGCAAGAAAUUUAAAUUGUGACUAUGGAUUAGUGAUAAAAUGCUGUAGCUUGAUUCAGCAGCAUUUAUACAGAGGUGUCAGAAAAGUCAAAGUGGUGAUCACAGCUGCAUGAUCAGAGUCCCAUCCUUUUGUGUGUGAUGACACAUGUACAAAAGAGGUAGGCUUCAGUUGUACAGUUGCAUUCACCAUCUUGACUUUUUUUUUACUCCCAUCCCAUGCAUGUCCUGUUUUGGGUUUUCAUCCUGCAGUAAAUAUACAUGUAUACAAUUGACAUUCAAUAGGUGCAAUCCAAAUUGAAUUACAGAUUCAAAUGCCUCUGUGCCUGCUGUUUCCCUAUUGGUACAUCAAGGGGAUAAUUCUCUUGAAACACUUUUCUGCAUACUCCAUGAAAAUUAAUUAGCAGUUGCAAGCCUAUAUCAGACUGCCAUCCCUUUCACUAAGAUUUUGACAGGAUAAUAAAGUUAAUUGAAAGACGUCUCCUCUGCUCAUGUACUUGAGCACAUUGAAUGCAUAGAUAUAUCCCACCAAUUACAACUUUUUUUUCAGUCUGUUGCUUUGUGAUGUGUUGGAUUCCCAGCAAAUAUUUGAGCAUGCUUACUUGGAAUUGUGGUAGUCUCAACACAUCUGGAGGAAGGCUGAAAUAGCUCUUCUGCAUCCCUUUGAUUAGAUACAAUAACAUGCAUAUGUUUUAGUCUGUAGUGCAGUUACAUUCCUAGUAAACUUACUUCAAACUUCUUGACUUAUAUUUUGGCCAUUGUAUAUGCUUUAUACUCACAAAUUCAAAUUCUUUUACACUAGCAUUCUGACUGUUACAAUCUUUAUUUUUGCCCAGAAAACCAUUUUAAAAUCUAAAUUUAAUGUUCUUUCUUAGAAAUCAUUAUUUAAAAAUAAAAUCCAAUACUGAAGGCUCAUAGUUUGGAUAAUAUAUACAAUAAUUUCUGAGAUAGAAUCAGAACUUGGGCUUUGAGUUUUGUACUGGUGAUAUAUAACUAAAUGCAUCCAGGGUUUUAUUCCUAUACCCCAAAUAUGAAGCCCUACACACAUGCUCACAUGCAUGCACAAUGAUUAUACCAUUUCAGUCUAAAGUCUCAACUAUAGUAUUUUGUAAACGAAAAACAGUAGUUCUGAUAUUUGGCAGUGCCUUCAGAAAUGAAUGAUCAUGAUAUAGAUGGAAUGCUAUCCAUCCAAAGUUAAGCAAUUUGUCUCAUUGAUUUAUCCACUAAAGCCCACAGUAAUAUACAACAUGCUUCCAACUGGACUGUAUCCCAUUGACUGAACAUCCAUAAGCUAUAAUGUCUUAAAUAAAAAGUAAUGUGCUGAAGAUAAUUUUAGCUAUCACUGCACAAAAAGUGAUCACAAUUGGUAUUUUUACAAAAUAAGGCAAAAUUCAUUUGAGGUAAGCAGUAUGCAAGUUAUAAAUUAAGUACCUGGAACUUAUUAGAAGUUAUGGCAAUUUGUUAAGAGUUUAUCUUCUCUAUCAUGCAGCCACAAUCAAUAAUUUAAUCUAAGCAAGCCCCACAACAUUAUUCUGUUGUGCCAACUUCUUACCUUUAGUGCCAAACUGAAAAUAAAGUAGAUGGGCCCAAGUUAAACAUAUCAGAUGUUACUUCUAUUCAUGGUAAAAUGCAUCCUCUAUACAAUGAGCCUGUCUUUAUUCCUACACUUCAACCAUUUUGAAAUAACAAGAGAGGGGAAUAUUCAUAACUAGAAGAUAUAAGCAACAGUAAGCAAAACAUCUAUUUGGUCUUUCUCUGCUCCCUCAUAAAGUACUGAAAUUAAUCCAGUAAGUUGACUCUCAUUGACUUUAAGGCACUUCAAGCAUUUAGCUUCCACCUCAGAAGCUGUAGAUCCCACAGUUGCAUUCUUCUUCUAUGAAGGUCUUUAAGAUGGCAAAAUCUGAGAGUAUCUCAGAAGGCCAUGGGCAGAAUUCAGGAAGUCCUGUGCUGUAUGCAUAGUGGCACAAUGGCAAGGAGACUCUGUAUAUGCACUCACUGUAGCAUAUGCAUCUAUCUUGUUCCUACAUCAUUCUUAAUGUAUUUGGGUAAUUGUGGCAGCUCUUUAUGUUCUGUAAAUCAUUUUUGCAGGAACUCUGGAUUAUCAAAAUAAUGUGUAAGAUUUUUUUCCUAUAAAAAUAGUAAAAUGUUUACUCCAUAUUUCUCCUUCCAUAAAUGAAAGGGCUUUCUCUGUCCACCAAAAGCUUUUGUUCAAAUACAGUAGAUGAUUCUACUAACAGAAGGGAAGAAACAACUGUUAACUAUUCAGGCGCUGUGUAGCCCCAAAUAUCAUCUCCCAUAUUAUGCUGAAAAGUCCUCCAACUUUCAGGGGCUGCAUCUCUAGUGUGGGAGAAAUUUAUUUCUGUUCCCCAAACAUGGUAACAGGAGCAUGUCCUGAACAGUUGUCAGAGGAUGGGACCCAUUGGCAGGAAUAAAAUUUGGAUUCAAGCCAGAGUCAGCUUGGAUUGUGAUUUAAUUCUCAGUAAUAUUUUGUCGUAAGCGGACUGUUGCAGGUUUUCUUGUCAGCAACCUAGGUUUGCCAUUAAAUCUUUUUAUUGAUGAACUUUUAUAGGCAAUGCUUUAAUUCUGAACCCUCCAAAGUAUGUAGUGGUCAUACUUUGAGUUCCAUUCAUUUCCUUGGUGACUAAAAGUGUAUCUGUUGUAUAUCUGUGUUGUAACUUUCAACAUAAAAGUGGUUGAGCAUAGUUCUGCUUGAUUGGAGGUCCAUCUCCACAAUGAAACUUAAUUGAGGCUUGAUGUGGGCAUAUCUGUAUGUCUCUCCCUGAAAAAAAAAAAAAGACUUCUCCAAAUGAUGCAGAAAUAAUGUGAAAAUAGUAAUAUACUGGAACAAACCUUCUGAACUUUAGAUCAGCUGUUCAGAUUGCGCUGGUUGCAAAAAUGUUCGUAGAAGUUAUACAAGGAUUUGUCCCCAUCACUGUAUUUCUGUAUAGCUUUGGAUAGAUGGCAACUGUUUGAAAAUUUUCAAAAUUUUCAUGGGCAAAAUUUCAUGGGUGGCGAUCAGUGUCUUAUGUCACAGAAGAGAAUCAGUUUCAACUGUAUAGACCUGUCCGCAGUUGUUGCCAUUCAGUUCAGAUCAUCUGUCUUGGACUGGAGAACAGAAGUGAUUUGAAAGCCAAAUCACUUUCUGUGGCAAAUGAAAGUAUUUCUUUUAAUAGAAAUGGUGUGCUACUUCUUAAUACAAGCAGGUUCUUGCUAGACUCUCUACCACCUGCAGAAAGGCAAAAACUACAGAGGUAGUUGGCUUCAAUAAGAAAAUUAGCAUGGUGGAAUUCAGUGUCCUGGCUACUAAAUUAUUUUCAGGCUUGGUAAAUGUUCCAUCCACCAACCAGAGUCAUUCUUUCUUUUGGUUGUGUAGUAAUUAAGUUUGUGAGUGAAGUUCAUGACACUGCCUGCAAUAUAUAAAACACUGUUAUGCACAUAAAUGCAGCACUGUGAUCUAAUUUAAAUAACUUUAUUAUUAUUUAAUAUGUAAUAUAUGUUAAUACUUCAGUAUGGAAAGAACCAUGCACAAACUCUGUUUUUUCUACUAUCAGGAAUUUAAAAACAUAGCUAACCACAUGUAUUUUACUUUUCCUAUGAAUCUAUAGUCUUGGUGUAGGAUUUUUUUUAAGUUGAAUUUUAUAAGUAUUUACUAAAUAUUCUAUGCUAUCAUAUAUAUGAACAUUUCAUACUCUUUUUCAUGUUUCUUUAUACAAACUUCCCUUCUGACUGUAAUCCUAACUGGAAAAUUGGGUGGAGAGACUUUGAUAAGCCAGGGAUCAUUUUUUUUUUCAAACUCUUCCUUGAAUCAAAGGGCAAAAUUAUAGAUAUGAAGGUUUUACAAAGUCAGCUGUGUCUGUGCAAUUCUUCCACAACUCAGCAUGCCAACACUGCUUCACUAACCAAAAAAAAUCUCUGAAUUCAAUCUCUGGUGCUGUAUUUUGCUAAUCAAUAUUCAAAAUUUAAAAAUAAAUGUUUUAAAACCAAUGUUUUCAUACAGCUUCUCAUGCCAAUUUUUUUCAAUACUAGCAUUUGAAACUAUAUUUACCUAAAACAAAAUUUAUUUUUGUGAACCUAUUUGCCAAUGAGUAUGGGGGAAUGCCUCGGUUUUUACAAUUCUGAAGAACUACCUACCUACCUACCACCCAGUUCCAACAAAGUACACACCAAAUACCCAGGUUUAAGCUUUAAAAAAAGAGAAGUCAAGUCAGAAAUCCACCAAACAGCCUUUUGAUUGUGGAAGAGCAGCUCAAUCCAGCCUCCCACCCAAAAGACAACUGAUAGAAAUUAAAUUAGGAAUUAGAGUUGUGAGUUUGCACACACAUUUUCCUACUAGGUUUGUGUGCAGAAGCUAAAAAGGGCCAUUUGGAUUGUUCUAUACUAAUACAUGUUUCUGAGCAUAAGAUCCAAUGACUGAAUAUAUCUUACAGGUUUGGAUUUUUUGUUACCUGGCUUGAACCUGAUUUGGUUUUCCCUUCAAUACUAUUAUUAAGAUGAAAAUGUUGGUGUUUGGACUUCUGUUUUAAUACUUUCAUUAACGAAUUUUGAAAUUGAUCAAUUACCCUGGUUUCACUUUUGUAUUAUACACACUCACUACUUCAGUCUGCCUUGGUGUCAAAUGUUGGAAGGGAUGGGGUAGGGAAUGAUUUCUGUGUGUAUGAAAAAGCAUUAUGGAUUUGUACAUUUUUAUACUCUUCUGUAAUAUUUUUGAAAUAUUUUUGUUCUGCAGAAAAAAAAAGUGAUGAAGCAAUCAAAAGACCAAUAAAUACAAUAUCAAUGCUUUAGGGGUCAUGAGACCUUCACUGGCCAAUAGGUUAAUUUAGUACAGCAAUAAGCCAAUUUUUUUUCUUUUUCUUUUUCUUUUUCCUUUUCUGGUUUUUAUUCCUAUUUUCCCCUAAAAUGCUGUACUAGUUGAAUGGAACUGCCAGUUUCUUUAACAUAAAUGAGAACUGUGAUGGGGGACAUAAACAGUAAUGUUAAGUUGUAUUUGUGUUUACCUAAAUGAGCAGUCAAAAGGCAAGUGCAAUCAGCCAGAAAUAUGGGAAAAUGUUGAUCUAGAGGCAUACUUGCAUUUUAUGUUUCUUGAUGUGUAAUCAUAUUGCCAAAGACAAACUCUUUCAUCAGUUAUUAUUGUAAAUAACACUCUCCCAAAACCUACCAUAAAGUUUCUGUGAUGUAUUGUCUUCCAGUUGCAAUAAAAAUUACCGAGUUGCAUCAGUUCAAUAACUGCA